AUGUGGAUAUACCAAAUAUUGGCUACUUGUCCAUAUAUUCGUACAUCUAUUAUAUUAGCUGAUUGUAUAUUUGAUACAAAUCGUUAUAUUUCACUUGGUGCACAUAUUUUUAAUUCAAAUUCAAUCGAUUUUAUUGGCCAUUAUUCAUUUAACAAUAAUAAUAAUAGGGGAAAUCAAAUUAGUAAUACACUUAUUUAUAAUUUAAAUAAUCGUUGGAUGUUACUUUUACCAUUAUUACUCAAAUGUUCUCAUCAACCUGUUAAUCUGACAUUUACAGAAUGUCAAUACACUAUGCGACAACAUAAAUAUACAAGUAGAUCAUCAUCGAUUGCAGAAUAUAUGACAACACAAUUGAGUGUUAUAAAUGUUACUAAUCUUGGUAUGCAAUCAGUACUUUUUUUGCAACCAGGAGAAAUAACUCUUCGUUCAUGUAAAGCAUAUGAUUGUUCGAAACAACUUGUUUAUUUAACAGCAUCAAAUGAAACAUUUAAAUUUAAAAUAGAUUAUGAAAAAUCUAUUGGUACAAAAUGUUAUUCAAAUAGUGAUUGUAGUAAUCGAUAUUCUAUGAAUGAUUUUAUUCAAUGUGAUCAAAUAUCACAAACAUGUCAAUGUUCAAAUGAUAAUAUAACACGAAUUGAUAUAACUGGUAUUGGACGUAUAUGUACAGAUUCAAUAGAUCGAAGUAAUUGUACAAAAUUUCCACAACGUUGUUUAAAAUGGUGUGAUGAAAGUAAAACAUCAUAUUGUAUUUGUCCAAAAUAUACACGUAAAGUAAGAAAAAUUAAUGGAGUUUUUGAUUGUGAAUUAGAACCAACAGGAAUAUGUCGAUUUGAUGAUGAAAAUAAUAUUGGAUUAAAUAUAAGAAAAUGUCCAACAGGAACUAUUUGUGAUAAUAAUCAAUGUCGACCAUUAACAAUAUUUCAAAAAAUGAAUGAAAAAAUACGAAAUGAAUCAUUUUUUUCUUCAACUAUAUCUACAAUUACUUUAUUUUCUUCAUCAACAAAACAAAUUCAUACAAUAUCAAAUAGUUUUAUUUUUAUUUUAAUUAUAAUAACUAUUAUUAGUCUAUUAUGUUUUAUUCUUAUUAUAUCUAUUAUAACAAUACUUAUUAAAACACAUCGAUGUCGUUUAUUAUUAUCAUCGUCAUCAGAAGAUAAAGUAUCAUCAUCAUCAUUUGCACAAUCAACAUCAACAGCUAUAUCAACAGAUUUUUCAAAUGAAAUUUAUCAAUUUCAACAAUUACCGAUUUUAUCAACUGAUUAUUCAAAACAUUAUGAAAAUUAUUUAAUAACACAACCAAAAUUUAUACAUGGUAUUGUUCCACAAACAAAUUUAUCACCUCGUUUUUAUCGACAUUAUCAAGGAUUUGAUAAAACACAACGACGGGCACCAUUACAUAUACAAUCACCAUCUUUAUCUUAUGUCAAUACAUUUAUUGAUCAUGGAUUAUUAACAACAAAUACAUCAUCUUAUAAUAAUGAUAAUAUAAAAAAACGUAAUCAUCUACCGACAAUAACACAUUUACAAAAUGGAGAUGUUCUUAUAUCAGCUUAG